AUGGACAGUUUGGAAACAUUGAGAAGUGACCUUGAAUGGUCACUUCCUCAACUAUUGAAUGACAAAGACCCUGCUGGGCUGGGCACUGAAGGGUUAGGACAAAGCCCAUCACAGCUGGAUGUGCAUCGAAGGCUGGCCGCAUCGAAUGAUCAGCCUGCUGGACGGCAAGGAGAAAUUGAAACCUGGCUUAGCGACAAGCAAAGUCCCCUAGAUGAUCUACAUAGCGAACUCUCACUCGGAUAUCUGGUCACAGAGAGCUACGGGAAUGACCUCAUCCUGCUCAAGAAGACUCUAGGCAAAUAUUAUAGAAGGGCAACUGAUGCACUUGUGUCUACCCUCACGGACACCGUCCAACAGAUGUUAUUCAUCUUUGUCAUAGGUGCUGCUACCCAUACUAUACAUGACACUGGUCACACCAGUCUUCUGUUUAUUUGCACACUCUAA